AUGGCGCACGGUUUUUCAGCUCUCAAGGAAAUGGACCUCAAUACGUUUGCCGAGUAUUUCACGAGCAAGCUGUCACUGACGUGUUUGGUCUACGACAACCGAGGGUUUGGCGACAGUGACACUAAAGAAGGUCAGCCCAGGCAAGAAAUCAUACCUGCUCAACAGACCAGUGACUACUCUGAUGCCAUCACUUACGCUCAGACCCGAGCAGAGGUUGACAGCAAGAAGAUCGGUAUCUGGGGAAGUUCGUACAGUGGAGGUCACGUGCUCUGGGUCGGUGCUGUGGAUAAACGGGUGAAGGCCGUCCUGUGUCAAGUUCCCUGUGUCGACGGAUACUCGAACUUCAACCGACUGAUAAGACCUGACUUCACGAGUGGUCUAAAUGAGUUGUUCGAGCAGGGGCCCCAGGAAACUUUUGAUCUCAACACUGACUACGAGGUGCGGAAAGAUCGUCACGCGCGAGCUGCAGGCAAGCCUGCUGGAACCCUUCCAGUGGUGGACGAGAAUCCUCAGGCACCUUCCGCAUUGCCAACGCCUGACUCGUACACCUUUUUCACAGCAUGGGGCAAGAAAAGCUCAUGGAAGAACGAGGUAACUGUAAAGUCAAUCGAGGCAUUCCGCGAGUAUAAUCCAUCCGCACACAUACACCAUAUCUCACCAACGCCUCUCUUGAUGACGGUGGCACAAAACGAUGUCUUGACGCCGACUGAUCUCGCGCUGGAGGCGUAUUCGAGGGCACGUGAGCCGAAGCAGCUGCACCUCCUCCCUGGGGGUCACUUCGAUGGUUAUUCCGGGGCAAAUUUCGAGAAGAACGCCAACACGCAAGCAGAAUUCUUGCAGAAGUGGCUUUGCACGUAG